AUGGCGUACGACCAGCAACAGCAACAGCAGUCCCGCUACGGCAACUGCGACUCGUACUUUGUCGAGUCACAUGACGAUGGUGUCUAUGCCAUGCGAGCCGAGGCUAGAGAAAGGCACCGAGCCGUAUCCAAGAUGCAACAACGAGCCAUUGCUGAAGAGCUUUCCAGGCUCACAGCCGAUGAGUACCAAGAGGAUAUCAUGCAACACAUGAUGCACAUGGAAUCACAGACCCUCCCCGAUGUAAACUCCAUCGACAUCCAGACUGAGAUCCAGUGGUUCAUGCGCCCAUAUCUCCUUGAUUUCCUGGUCGAAGCUCACGCUGCAUUCCAGCUCCUCCCCGAGACUCUGUUCCUCGCCGUCAACCUUCUCGAUCGCUACUGCUCCCGUCGUGUCGUCUACAAGCGCCACUACCAGCUCGUUGGAUGUGCUGCUCUCCUCAUUGCUGCUAAGUACGGUGACAAGAAAGAUCGUGUACCUACUGUACGGGAACUCAAGUCCAUGUGCUGCUCUCUGUAUGACGAUGAGAUGUUCACCCAGAUGGAGUGGCACGUGCUACAGACUCUCAACUGGAUGAUUGGACACACCACAGUCGAUGCAUUCCUCCAGAUUGCCCUGUCCGAGGCCCCAUACGAUGCCGAGGUUGAGCACAUGACGCUUUACAUUGCUGAGAUUGCACUUUUCCACAAGGAGUUUGUUUCCACGCGCCCAUCAGUCCUCGCACGAUCGGCUCUCGCUCUUGCUAGGUGCAUCCUUUCGCGACCACAAGCACGCAACACCGACUGGUCUGGUGCCUACGACCCACAAACCGUCAUUGGCCUGUCCAACCACCUAUACCAGCCAUCCCCUGUGCUCUCUCGCAAGUAUGCUUCGAUGCAUUUGUCAGCCGUGUCUGCUACCGUCGAUGAGUUCCUUCAGCGACAGGCACAGAUCGCGCGCCGACAAGCAGCUCCGCCAACACCGCCACCCACGGUAGUCAUCGACGAGCCUAAGCCUGCCUCGGAAACGUUUGGCCCUCAAACACCUAACAAGAACCCAUACGCCUCUGUCAUGCAGAACGGAUGCCCUACUCCGCCAAUCACACCGGAAGGCGAGCAGUUCACAUAUGGUCACGUUGUCAAGUCACAGCCUGCUUCUCUGUAUCCCACCACACCUACGUCGGAGCAUGCGCCACCGCAACAUCAAGGUCAAUACUUCCACAACCAGUAUCUCCACCCCCAGCACAUGUAA